AUGGCCUUCACAUUGAGGAACUUCGCCGCGCUCUCGAGGCGCAAUGCUGCCGCCCCGCUCAGCGCAGCCCGCUUCGUGCAGCGAGCGAGCUACCAGACGUCUGCGGUUAGAUUUGCGGGCAAGGAGUCGGCGCUCAAUCACGACGGACGGGCUGAAGAGGUCGAGUUGCAAAAGCAGGAUCUGUUGAAGAAGCAGGAAGAAGGGAAGGGGCACUGGAAGGAUGAGCUGGCGAGUGAUAGCGAGUCUAUCAUAAAAGCUGACAGAGGUGAGAUCGACGCGUCGGCCGACACGAUCAAGCAGCUACAAGAGGAGAGCGUCAAGCUGGCGGAGAAGACACACCAGUCGUCUGGCGACGAGGCCAAGACCGAUCUGAAAUAA